AUGCCUAGUGACAAGGCAAAUGACGGUGGUAACGAUUCCUUCCAGACAUGCUUCAAUGAAACGGAAGCUGUAAAACUCGUUCUCCGUGCGGUACUUGUUGAUUUGGAGCCAACUGUUGUCGACGAAGUUCGGACGGGUACUUACCGGCAAGUAUUUCAUCCGGAACAAAUCAUCAGUGGAAUGGAGGAGGCCGCCAACAACUAUGCACACGACCAUUAUACCAUCGGUAAGGAAGUGAUCGAUCUGGUUUUGGAUCGCAUUCGAAAAGUUGUCGAUCUGUGUACCGGCAUUCAGGGUUUCGUCAUUUUCCGCUCCUUUGGUAGGGGCACUGGGCCAGGUUUCGUAUCAGUCCUCAUGGAGCGUCUUAGCGUAGGCUACGCCAAGAAAUCCAACCAGGAGUUUGCAGUCUACCCGGACCCGCAGAUCUCGACUGCGGUCGUGGAACCCACAACGCCAUUCUCUGUACACACUCCACUCCCAUGCAUCUGGGCCACAUAUCGGAAACUCAGAGAGAAUCCAGCCACCAAUUUCGACGAUAUCUGGCCAGGACAAUCCGGUGAUCCUCCUAUACGCGCCAGGAAACUAAACUUUGCACGUAGUAUGCAUUUACAGAUAAGCAUUACCGACAAAUAA